CUAGAAAUGUAAAGUCGCCAUAAAUAUUGGUUAAUUAGUGGUGCGAUGCAGCUUGGCAGCUCGUCUCGUCUUCCUCCCACAAAUCCCUAGAGCGUAUUCCCUUUGCUGCUCAAGCUUCCAUGGACGACGGUCUGAGGACAACUUCACCACAACUUACAACAAUGGUUCGCGGUUGAAAGUGGAUUAGGGCAUGGCGUAUCACAGAAAGGUUCUGCAGAAGAAAGCAGAAAAGUUUGAACUGAAGAAGUUGCAAGAUGCUAAAGUAGCUAAGGAGCAACUGUCUGCUCUUGAGCCCCUGCUUCUAGAGGUUUAUGACAGUUGGCGUCCGAAACCGUCUGAUUACCAGGCUCGAAAAGAUUUAGUUUGUGUCUUUAAUGAGAUUGCACAACAAAUUUAUGGGAACUCGAAAGAUAUUCCAAUUGUUGUGGAGUUUGGUUCGUUUGUUAUGGAUCUUUUCAGCCUCACCAGUGACCUUGAUUUAUCUGUAAAUUUUCAAUCCGGUGAUGGUACUUUUUCUCGUCAGAAGAAGAUCCAAACCUUGAGAAAGUUUGCAAGAAAGUUAUAUGCCAUACAAAUUAAAGGUCAUGUUUCUAGGGUUCUUCCAGUUACAUCAGCUAAGGUGCCUAUUCUAAAAUGUGUGGACUGUGGAACUGGAGUUGAGUGUGAUUUAUCAGUUGAAAAUAGGGAUGGGAUAUUGAAGUCCGAGAUUAUUCGCAUCAUCUUAUCCACUGAACAAAGGUUUCACAAGCUAAGCUUUUUGAUGAAAACUUGGGCAAGAGCACACAACAUCAACAGUUCGAAAGACAAAACCUUGAAUUCUCUUUCCAUAAUCUUGUUGGUUGCUUUUCAUUUGCAGACUCGAAAACCUCCAAUUCUUCCUCCAUUUUCUGCCAUAUUUGAAGACGGUAUGGAUCCUGCAAAACUUGAGAAAUCAAUCUCCAAGUUCGCGAACUACGGGAAAAGAAACAAAGAAUCUUUGGCCGAGCUCUUUGCCACUCUACUAAUCAAACUGUCAUCGGUCGAGAAACUUUGGCCGAAAGGUCUCUGUGCGAGCACACUCACCGCAAGCUGGACAUCCAAAACAUGGGACUCUAAAGUCGCCUGCAUCAGCGUUCAGGAUUUUACCGAUCCGACCCAAAAUGUCGCGAGGGCGGUGGGACAGGUGGAAGUGAAACAGAUAUACAAGUGCAUUGAGACGUCCCUCCGGCACGUCGUCGCCUUCAUGGCUGGGCAGAUCGAAGCCGUUAGGCUUAAGGAGCUUUUGUUCAAACCAGACGGGUACGGCGCUGCAUCGGUUCCUCGAGGCGUACAUUAUCGUCGACAAGGGAACAAGUCGGGAAGACGGCCUUCCGGGAAAAGGACCCGGAAUUACGACUCGGAUGCGUUUCCGCGCGGCCGGGGGCGACUCGGGCGGCAGCAGGAUUCGAUCCCGAUGAAGAAAAUGCGAGUGGGUGAAGCGCGGGAUGGGACGGCUGCAAGUGGCUGGGACGUGGCUGAGCCGCCGGCUAGCUCCACUGCUGCCGCCAGGUGGGGGAGCCCGGUGGGGGCGGACGCGGCCAUUGCUGGUGGUUCGACUGAUCGAGUGGAUACUGAACUGCAGGAGGUUGCCGGAAUAACUUUGAAAGAAGGCGGCUGCGGUGGCGGCGGUGGUGGUGGUGGUGGGUGGGAAAGAGGUUGGGGAGGUGGAACAUGGAAGAAUAGGAAUGCAUGGUAAAUUGGCAAUCAUCUGAAGAAACUUGGAUUAACGUUUGUUUGUUUGUCUCUGUUAUAAGGAGUUGUGGUAGAAGCAGUUGGGAUGCACAUAGACCCACCCGACCCGACCCGAUUUGAUGAGCCAAGACUCUCCUAAAAUGCACAUUUUUAGUGACCCGUGACUACUGGGGCGGGUAGCGGGUUUUUAGAGGAAAUCGACUUCAACCCGAUCCAUCUGUUUAUAUAAAGAAGUCAUCUAUUGCUUUAUGGCUUAGGCUCCGUGCAGACAAAUGAUUUUUUUGAAAUUUUUGGAGUUCUAUAAGUUUGAAAAAAGUAACAAAUUAAUAUUUGAA